AUGGGGGCUCAGCAGGCGAAAGAACGCGGUACGGCCAGCGGCGCGUCCAUGCGUUCGACGAGAAACAAGCCGCGAGUACCCAAGGACCCCCGCAUGCUCGGCUCCAACAUUUUUACCGAACACAGCGAGGCCCUUCUGCAAAGUCGGCCAUUGCCUCACAUCCCCGAUUUGCCGGACGGUGAAGGCACCUCCGCAGCUCCAGCUACGCCGCAACCCCUUGAUGCGAACAGAUGGACUUCUAAAGAAAACUUACUAGCCCACCAUGAGGAAGACGAUCCUCAACUAUUUGUUGCACUGUAUGAUUUUCAAGCGGGCGGCGAAAACCAACUUAGUCUCAAGAAAGGAGAACAAGUACGUAUAAUGAGCUACAAUAAGAGCGGCGAGUGGUGUGAAGCUCACACAUUAUCCGGGGGUGUGGGAUGGGUUCCAAGUAACUAUGUGACGCCGGUAAAUUCAUUAGAGAAGCACUCUUGGUAUCACGGGCCAAUAUCACGAAAUGCCGCUGAAUAUUUGCUCUCAUCAGGCAUCAAUGGCAGCUUUCUCGUACGCGAGUCCGAGUCUAGUCCUGGCCAAAGAAGUAUAUCACUCAGAUACGAAGGUCGCGUCUAUCAUUAUCGUAUAAACGAAGACUCGGACGGCAAGGUAUAUGUGACGUCUGAAUCCAAAUUCGGUACCCUGGCCGAGCUUGUUCAUCACCACUCGGUGCUCGGUGAUGGUCUUAUAACUCAGCUGUUGUAUCCAGCCCCCAAACGCAACAAGCCAACAGUGUUCCCAUUGGCUCCUCCCGAUGAAUGGGAGAUCGAUCGCACUGAUAUAGUUAUGAAACACAAGCUUGGCGGCGGACAAUACGGGGAUGUAUAUGAAGCCACUUGGAAGAGAUGCAAUAUGACGGUGGCGGUGAAAACCUUAAAAGACGACACGAUGGCCCUAAAAGAUUUUCUUGAGGAGGCGGCUAUAAUGAAGGAGAUGCGUCACCCGAAUCUGGUUCAGUUGCUGGGUGUUUGUACCAGGGAACCACCUUUUUACAUCAUCACGGAGUUCAUGAGCCGCGGCAACCUCCUGGACUAUCUACGAACUGGGAACCGCGAACACAUUGACGCUGUGGUUCUCAUGUACAUGGCCACACAAAUUGCAUCCGGAAUGAGCUAUUUGGAAAGCCGCUCGUUUAUACACAGGGAUCUGGCAGCAAGGAACUGCCUCGUCGGCGAGAAUCAUCUGGUUAAAGUGGCUGACUUUGGUCUUGCUCGUCUCAUGCGUGACGAUACUUACACGGCCCACGCUGGUGCCAAGUUCCCGAUCAAAUGGACAGCCCCUGAGGGCCUGGCCUACAACACUUUCAGUACUAAGUCUGAUGUAUGGGCCUUCGGAAUACUCCUAUGGGAGAUAGCCACAUACGGCAUGUCACCUUAUCCCGGCGUUGAUUUGGCAGAUGUUUACCACAUGCUAGAGAAGGGCUAUCGUAUGGAGUGUCCGCCCGGUUGUCCCGCGGCCGUCUACGAGUUAAUGAGAGGGUGCUGGCAAUGGAGCCCCUCGGAUCGACCCUCCUUCCGCGAGAUACAUCACGCGCUCGAGCACAUGUUCCAGGACAACUCCAUCACCGAAGAAGUGGAGAAGCAGCUUCAAGAGGGUGUAUGUGCUACACCACAAAUGUCUCUGAAGAAGGGAGGAACAGGCGGCGAUAGGGUUCAGAUGAGAAGACCAACCAACCGCCGCGGGAAACAAGCGCCCACGCCGCCUAAGAGAACCAGUCUCUUGUCAUCGUGCAGUUCGUUCCGCGAGUCUCAGUACGCUGCUGAGGAUCAAGCUGGGCCUGAUGACGGGCUAGCUUCCCUUAACGGCGGGGGUCGUGGUGGGGGUCGCGAGGCUUCGUCCGAGGGUUCCCUUGCGGAAGCAACCCCGGAUACAGAUGAAUCGGGGGCCGGCAUGGGGGUGGCUGAACACCGACACAGAUCAAAAAGAAGACACGCACACGCACCGAUCCAACACCAACACCCGCCCGCACACGAACUGCAGCCCAAGCAAGGGGUGCAAGUAGCUGCACUUGAAGUGCAAAACGUAAAGCGCGCCAUCAAUAGAUAUGGAACACUGCCGAAGGGGGCACGGAUAGGUGCUUACUUGGAGUCUCUGAGGCAGAGCGGUGGUACGCCAUGUGUUAUACGAGAACCUCAAGACGAAGCUCGAUCUCUAUCACCCCGUACCGCUCGUGCUCAGCCGCACAUGAUACGCUCCAACUCAUCGGGCGGGGUCACUGCUCCAGCGCCGGCUUCACCACGUGCAGCCCGCGCUCCUCCUCCCCUUCGCUCGUUCAACAGUCCGGCGAAACCACGACCGAGGCUAGCUGAACUAGAGUUCCCUCCCCCACCGCCAGAUCUACCACCACCCCCAGAAGAUACACAACCCCCACCACCACCUCCGCCACCCGAUUGUUGUACGGGAACAAAUGAUACUGAUGAUACCAUUGUACAGGAACGAGACAGCGAAGUUAAACCUGCAAAGCAAAUCAUGAAGGAGAUGCUAGAACUGAAAUUAGUUGCAGAAAUCAAAGAGAGGGCAGAUAAAAAAUUAAGCAAACUAAAGGAAUCACCGCCGCCGAAUGAAGUUAUGGAAAUGCAUACAUCGUUCGGAGAUCCCGUGACGCGUUUGGUUUCCGAGCUCUCCGAAAGUUUAAAUAUGGAAGCUUUGCGUAAACAAGAGAAGAAGAUUGAACAACCGAAACCAAUUGAUAAUGGCAAGGAGACCAUAUCUCCUAUUGAUCUCAAAGCCAGUUUGCGAAAGACGUCCUUUGGAAACAACGUCGAAAAGAAAACCGAACCAGAGACAAAAACUGAUUUCAAAUCACAAUUAAAAAAAGUUGACACAAAUAGAAUGUGUAUUACUAGUAAGGACUCAGAGGAGCCUGGUCGCUCAAUAAUUGACUUUAAAUCCCGAUUGCGAAAAGUAGAAGGUAACUGUCCUGCGACAAACGGCACAUCCAAAAAGUUGGAACAAUGCUCCCCAGAAGAUUUAAGAAAGGAUAUCUCUAGUAAGAGUGAUGAAUCAGACAAGAAACGUCCUGAAAGCGCAUCAUUAGACACCAGUGGCGGCGACGACGAAGAUAAAAGACGAAGCACUGGAAGCAUCAGUAGCUUAAAAAAAUUAUGGGAGAGUAAGGAGAGUGAUGAAAGACUCAGUCCAAAAAUGAGACCAAAAGGGGAAGAGAGUGAAGAAGGUUCCCCAGAAGAGAGGAGUGCGCUCGGCAGAAGCGGCAGCAUCCUAGCCAGAAGAGAUGAAAAGCCAACUGUGGCCAAUAAGCCUGCAGUACGCGCUCGACCUUUAGGAAAGGGUGGCAUCUAUGCCACUCCUUUAGCACCGACGACAUCCGACGAUGACGGAGAUGCACUCGCCGCUCUCCGGACGUUACUAGAAUGCUGCACUAACGAGGUGCGUCGAGGUUGUAGUGGAACAGCGGGCGGCCGCGGGUCACUAUGGCGUCUCCAGACAUCCGAGCGUCUCGCACGUCUGAGUGGUGCUUGUGCGACGGCAGCGGGCAGCUGUGCGCCGCAGUUACGACUGCAGCUGAGGGCUGUCGCUGCCCGACUGGAGGCUGAGGCGCGCGCCCUGGCCUCGCCCGCCCCACACCACCACCACCUCGCUGACGGUGUCGAGAAGGCACUCAAAGAUCUCGCUACAAUCGUACAUAGAUAA